UUCCGAGUCAACACACCAAUAAAUAUUAACUUUUUGUUUAAGUUACAAAAUAUAAAAAUUAUCACACAAAUCUGAGAUGUCGGUAAUGUGGACAACGCCGCUAGUGAUGUGCAAACGUGACUGGGACCGCCUCCAGAGAUGGUCCGACAUGGAUAAAGAGGAUCCAGAAAUUAUUCGCAAACGAGAAUACCUGCAGUUCCUUGCUGAUCAGAGCAAGGCCAUGACCAAGACUUGGCCCAACUCGUUAGAAAACGUGAACCGCCGCAACGAGGAGGCGCGGCGCGCGCGCUACGCCGCCGCCGAGGAGGCCAACGCCAAGUUCUACCGCCAGUACGUGAAGCGGAUGAAGCAGCAGCAGCAGAGGCUGAUGCACAGCGCACGGGAUACUAUCUUCAAGAAUAAAGACGCGCCUAAGCUGCUGCUGAGUGCUGUAAUCGAGUCGGUAGUCCAGAAGGAGCGCAGCGAACAGGUCAAGUUCAACAACGAACGCCGCCGGGAAGCCGACGAACGGAAAGCGAAGGAUGAAGCCGACAUCUACUCGAAAGCAAAGCAUUGGCACGAGGAGAAUGAGGAGCAGCGGCGGAGGAGGUUCCUGGCCAACAAGGAACAUCAGAGGGAGCUCGCUGAACAAAUCAAGGAGAUAUCUGACAAGAACCGCCGGCAGUACGAGGAGGAGCUGAGCCAGCAGCAGGAAGACAACGUGAAGGCCAACCUGGAGAUGGAGGCCAUUAGGGAGUUUGAAGAGAACUUGAAAGCGGAAGAGAAGGCGCGCCUCCACCGCGCCACACGGCAGAGCCUGGCGGAGCGCGAGGCUGCGCUGGCGGAGGCGGCGGCGCGCGGCCGGCUGCAGGAGCAGCUGCAGGAGGCGCUGCGGCGCGCGCGCGCCCGCGUGCAGGACAGACAGCGGGCCACUGAGAGGAUGAUAAAAGAAGAGAAGACGAAGAUAACCCGCAACAUCACCGCGGCGCUGCAGUCGACUGAGGGCGAGCGAGACGCCAAGGAGCAGGCGAGCCGCGACCGCGCCGUCAAGGAGAAGAUCGCUCUCGAGGACGCGCGCGCGGCGGCCGCCACACAGAAGCAGCUUCAACUGCGCGCGGAGCGGACGGCGGCGCACGCCCAGUAUUUGCGCGACGACGCGGAGAGGAUAAGGGAGGUGGGCGCCGCGAGGCAGUGGGAGAUGCUUAACAGAUACAAAAACAACGAGGUCUACGAAGAAUUCUGUGAGAAACAGCGGCACACUAAAGACAAAAACACAGAAGAAUAUCGAAACACGUUAAUCAAACAAUGGCAAGAGCGAGAGGACCGCGACAAGGCGGAGCGCAACGCCACACGGCGCUUCUACGGCGAGCUGGCGGUGAAGAAGAUGAGGGCUGCUGAUAACAAGCUGCUGACUCAUGCAGCCGCCCUGGUGGCGGAGGCGAGGCGGCAUGAGCGACCCACCUUCCCUAUUGAGAGGGCUGUUCAGCGCUACUGCCUGAUGAACCGUCUGCUGCCGAUGCCGGACCUGCCGGACUCUCAGCAGGAACACUUCCCGCGGUACCGGACCGUCGACUUAACCAAACCGGACCCCGAUUACAAAGAGCCGCCGUCUCCGCCGGCGCCCACAGACGAGGCGGGGGCGUCCCACGGAGACAUUCAACAACUGGUCUCCAACACCGUGGAUGAAUCCACUGAGAAACCCCCACAGGAACCUCAGAAAGUGACUUCGGAUGAGAAGUGGAAGACGGUAGGGAGACGACAUGGCCUCGGUGAUAUUACAAAGGACUCUGAGUACCAAGAAUCGCAGGGGAAAACGAAGAAAGACUCGACACAAGAACAAGACUACAAGAGACAGGGAAGGGCCAACGGGAUGCAACAAAAAUAUGACUUUGGAUGCAAAUGUUCGUCAGGGAAAUAAAAUGAAACAAGGUCUUAGAAAAUAUUAUAAUAAUUUAUUCGAUAUCAACUUUUCGGGCUGUUUUUUUUUUUUUAAUUUACCUACUUAUACGCUUUCCUAUUCUUCUAGUCUAUUCAAAUAUAGAGAGAUUGUCUAUGGCACCACUAUUUGUGAAUUAAAUAUAACUGUGACUAGAGAAAGAGUAGGUUUUGUUAGUGAGAAAUUGAAUUUUGUGAGAACUUUGACAAUUAAAUUGCAAUUUUAACUCUA